GAAAUCCUGAAGCACAUGUACACCAAUCUGUACAGCACAUCAAGCGUCGAUUUGCCCAAGUCUGUGGCGAAAUCUUCUUCUCUGGAGCUCAUGAAGGCCUAUGCCCAGCCAGACCAGGUCAAAGAACUCUAUGCUGUGCUCUACAGCACGACCGGGGUGAACCUCCCGAAGAAGGACGCGCAG